CCUCCUCUUCAACAACAGAGAGAGAAGACAAACCUCGGGCCAUAGCUGUUUAUGAAAACCAACAAUCCAAUUUUAGUACAUAUACCAAACACAGUGCAGUUGGAUCUUUCAAGUAUCCAAUUUUUUAUUCUUUCCUUACUCAUAAAAGGGGUUGGUGUCUUUUCCUUCCUUUUUAUCUCCUAGAAAUUUUCCCGGAAAAUCCUUACUCUGAGAAAUAACAGAGAAAGAGAGAGAAAAUGGAGUCAUUGGUUUCUUCUCGCACGGGCAGGCAGUUCCAACGGUACUAUAAUGGUUGUCGCCAAGUUGUAGGAUGCAUACCCUACAGGUAUAAAAUAAGCAACCAAUCACAUCUACUUCAAGGGUCCCUCAUUGAAAAUUUGGAAGUUCUUCUCAUCAGCUCUCCAAAGGCUCACCAUUUGUUUUUUCCAAAGGGUGGUUGGGAAAUUGAUGAGACUAUGGAAGAGGCAGCUCUUCGAGAGACCAAAGAGGAAGCUGGUGUAGUCGGCAUUCUUGAAAAUCAAUUGGGGACAUGGAGCUUUAAGAGCAAAAGUCAAGGCACAUUUCAUGAUGCAUACAUGUUCCCUUUGCUUGUUGAGGAACAAUUAGAUGUUUGGCCAGAGAAAAAUGCGAGGCGAAGAAUAUGGAUGAGGGUUAAAGAAGCAAGAGAAAUAUGUUCACAUUCAUGGAUGAAGGAAGCUUUGGAUGUAUUUGUUUGUAGACUCCGUCAAGGCAUGCGACAAAAGGAGGAAGAAAGUAGAACAACUUGUGCAUUGGAGUUUUUGAGGACAGAACAACAGAGAAUAGGCAUUGUACCUCAAAAUGGAGAUGAAGAGGCUGACUGUUACCUUGUUAGUUGACGGCACGUCUUAGAGUAUCACGUGGCAUUGUCUACAUGGUAUUCCUGACAAAUGAAAAACCUCAAGUCACAGUAUUGUCUCAACUACAUAACAACGGUUUAUCAAUAUUGUUACAUCGUAUUGGUUGAGAAUGAUGCAUAGCCAAUACUCGGAAUUGAUUGAGAAUGAUGUUGUUGGUUGUAUAUUUUGUACAGACCUAUCAUAGCUUGACACGUGGAUCAUAAAGGGCAAUUUGAAGAAUAAGUAACGGUCUCCAAUCAUUAACAGACGCGUGGCAACUUAUAGCAGUGGCAAUGGAUCCGCGAUACAUGGGAACAAUUAGGAUACUCAAGGUGAUGUGGCCAAACGGUUGCUUACAGUUUAAAUUUAAAUUCAGGAGGGAAGCACAACCAUGAGAGUGAAAGAGUGGAAGCAAACUGUUCAAGGCCACACUCAAUUAUCAUGGAGAUCAUUUCGACAGUUAUCACCUACUUUGACAGUUAUUAUCCAUUUCGGCGGUUAUCUUCAGAGCCUAUAAAUAGAGGGAGUGUUGAUAAUGUAAAGACUCUAGGGACUAGAUCCAGAGACCAGUUCAUUUGCUUUAUAUUUCUAGUCCUUUAAAUUAUGGUCUUUACAUCCCUGUAUUGCACUUCAAAUUUCUAGGAGUAAUUCUCUUAUAGUCUGUUGCUGUAAUCCCUUUGAAUCUGUGAAAGCAUGAAGUUACAAUUGUAAAUUUUUGUUACUUAAUGAAAGAUUGAUUUUUGACACUA